AUGGCUUCUUUUAUCAAGAACUCAGUUAUGCGUACACCUUUACGUGCAGUCUGGGAAGUCUCUGGUUGCCAGACUGAGACUUUAUUAUGGCCAGCUAAAGCAACAAAGAAUAAGACGAUUCUUGUUUUUAUACCAGGUAAUCCUGGACUUGUUGAAUAUUAUACUAGUUUUCUCGAAAGAGUCCAUACCUCGGUUGCAUCCCCUUCUUUUGAAAUUAUCGGAGGCGUUUAUUCACUUCAAGAUCAAAUCCAGCAUAAAGUAGACUGCCUUGAUACGCUCAUCAAACAGAAUGACCCCGAUACUCGCUUUAUCUUGAUGGGUCAUUCUAUAGGCUCUUAUAUCUCGGCUUCUGUUCUCAAAGAGCGCCCAAAUCAUGGUAUCUCUCGUAUCGUUGCACUUUUUCCUACUUUAAGGGAAAUUGCCAUUACACCCAAUGGUGUUCAAAUCAAUCGUCUUGUAAAUACAAUUCCCUCGUGGGUAUUUGGUGCUACUGGCUCAGUUCUAUCGUGCCUUGCACCUCCUUUUCGCCAAUACCUUGUCAAGUUGUUUACUGGACAAUCAGGCGAAGGAUUACAAGUGACAGCUCAUCAAUUGCUACAUUCGAACGUGCUUAAGAAUGUGAUUACAAUGGCAAGGUUUGAAAUGGAUACAGUAAAAGCAUUAGACCAUGAUUUCUAUACUGAACAUUUGGACAAGUUUAUCAUGUAUUACUCUGCCAAUGAUCAAUGGGCACCCAAAGACCAUUAUGAUUACAUGCUGAAGCAUUUUCCAAAAGGCAAGUAUACGAUACGUAUAUAUAUAUAUAAUAACCGAUAUUAG